AUGAACAUUGUGAGAAAAUUCAAUUUGAUGAUACCUUGGGGUACAUUCUUGCUCCAUAUACUGCUGUUUUCCUUACAAGGAUAUAUUUGUGUAUCAUCCAUCUUGAUGGGAACAUCGAAAAAUGAGUUUAAUGAAAAUCGACAGAAAAGAGCUCUUUUAGCAGCACAGCUUGAAGCAACUUCUCCAAGAUAUUUUUUCCAUGAAGCUAUUAACUGGGGUGAGAGCAAAAUAAAAGGUUCUUGUCCUCAUGAAUGCCUUAACGGAGCUUUCUGUUCUAAGACUGGUACAUGUGACUGUCAAAUAUUUCAAGCUCUUGGGACAAGGUGCCAGAUUAUCCCAAACAUGGGCAUUGGCAGAGAUGGUAUUUGCAAAACCUGGGGACAAUAUCAUUUUGAAACAUUUGAUGGCAUCUACUAUUACUUUCCAGGAACUUGUUCCUAUAUUUUUGCAAAGGACUGUGGUAAUUUGGAGCCUCGGUACACUGUAUGGGUUCAUAAUAGUCCUAGAUGCUUUGGUUCAGUGUAUACUUGUUAUCGGUCAAUCAGCUUAUUUUUUUCAAACCAAGAGGAAAUUCGAAUUUAUGGCCAUGAAAUUAAAAAAGAUGGAAUCAGUUUAACAUUGCCUCAGACAAUUGGACAGGUUUUCAUUGAGAAACUAGCUGACUACAUUCUGGUGAAAACCACCUUUGGCUUUUCUUUGGCUUGGGAUGGAAUAUCAGGAAUUUACCUCAAACUGUCUGAGGAGCAUAGUGGAAAAUCAUGUGGCCUGUGUGGAAACCACAAUGAUAUACAGUCUGAUGAUUUCAUAAUUCAGCAAGAGGACUAUACGGAAGACAUUGCUAUGUUUGCAAACAGCUGGUUGGUGCAAACUUCAGAGGACACCAAAUGUGUACCCACACCCUCAGAUUUCCCAAAUCCAUGUUCCAGUGGAAUGCCAGCAUUUGAGGCAAUCUUCUUCAAGUGUCAGAUACUGUUGCAGUUUCCUUUCCUAAGCUGCCAUGAAUAUAUUGAUCCAUACUUAUAUAUUGCCAGCUGUGUUAACGAUCUUUGCAAGACUGAUGAUGAUGAAACCUACUGUCGAGCAGCCACAGAGUAUGCCAGAGCCUGUUCUCACGCUGGCUACCCUAUUCAAGACUGGAGAGAUGACUUUCCAGCUUGCACUGAUAAAUGUGAUGAUAGCUUUGUGCAUCGGGAUUGCAUUAGUUGUUGCCCACCUACCUGCACGUUUGAGAAGCAGUGUCUUGGCAGCAAUCUUCACUGUCUUGAUGGAUGUUACUGCCCCGAUGGCCUUAUAAUGGACAACGGGACUUGCAUCUCCUUGGAAAAUUGCCCGUGUAGUUUUCAUGGAUUAGCUUAUGCAGUUGGUUCAAAAAUUGAACAAGAAUGUACUGAAUGUGUAUGUGUUGGUGGAGUUUGGAACUGCACUGAGCAUGACUGUCCAGUUCAAUGCUCUGUUGUGGGUGAUUCUCAUUUUACAACUUUUGAUGGUCGACAUUAUUCUUUUAUUGGCAUGUGCCAGUACAUCCUUGUGAAAGGAACUGGAAAAGAUAAAUUCACAAUUACUUUGCAGAAGGCCCCUUGUGAACAGAAUCUUGGCUUGGUCUGCCUGCAGUCUAUAACUCUAAUUCUGGAGGAUGAUUUUAACAAACAAGUGACCCUUAGUAGGGGAGGACAGAUCCUCACCAGUCCUAACCAAGGCUUUAAUCUGAAAGGAAUUGUUGAGAUUCAAACUCUGUCAUCAUUAUUUAUUCUUCUAAAAACCACAUUUGGCUUAAAGAUCUUGUUUGCUAUAGAUGGGGAAAGAAUUUAUAUUCAACUCACUAGUGCCUGGAAGAGAAGAACAUUAGGUCUGUGUGGCACAUUUAAUGGAAAUAUAAGGGAUGAUUUUCUUUCUCCCUCAGGCAUGAUAGAAGGAACCCCACAACUUCAUGCAAAUGCAUGGAGGGUUUCCUCCACCUGUUUCGCACCUGUUCAUGUGCCAAUGGUAGACCCCUGUAACAUUAAUCAACAAAACAUUGGGUAUGCAGCGCACUGUGAUGUCAUCCACCAGGAGCUCUUUGCUUCUUGCCACAUCUACGUGAGCCCUGGGCUGUACUAUCAGCUAUGCCGCCACGAUGCAUGCAAGUGUGGGAGCCCCUGCCUGUGCAAUGCUCUUGCCCACUAUGCCUACCUCUGUGGUCAGCGUGGAGUUCCCAUCGACUUUAGAGCUCAGAUUUCAUUCUGUGCUGUGGUAUGCCAAAAGGGCAUGCUGUAUCAUCACUGUUCCUCAUUUUGCCGCCAUUCCUGCACCUCUCUCUCUUCCCCGGAACAGUGCAAUGAUGACUGUGCUGAAGGCUGUAACUGUCCUGAAGGCAAAUUUUAUGAAGACACCCUUAACUUUUGUGUGCCCAUAUAUCACUGCCGGUGUCAUUAUAGGGGCAGCGUUUAUCAGCCUGGGGAGCUCAUCCCAACACCCUCAGGCUUAUGCCAGUGUUCAAAUGGGACUGUGCAAUGUGAUGAAUCAGCAACGCCCUCCACUGUUCAUGCCUGCCCAGAAGGAAAGGAAUAUUUUGACUGCAGGUUUCCUCAUCCUGAAUUACCAGCUGGUGGUGUAAAUUGUGAGACUACAUGUGCAAACUUGGCCAUGAACUUCACUUGUGCCCCAUCUUCACCCUGUAUAAGUGGCUGUGUUUGUGCUCCAGGGAUGGCAGAGCACAAGGGAAAGUGCUAUGUUCCUGAAAGCUGUCCUUGCAUCUGGAAAGACUGGGAGUAUCUCUCAGGAGAAGUGAUUGCUACACCUUGUUACACCUGUGUUUGUCGACGAGGAAUGUUCAAUUGCACAUAUUAUCCUUGCCCAGCUGUGUGUACAAUCUAUGGGGACCGGCAUUAUCAUUCUUUUGAUGGUCUGGAAUAUGACUACAUCAGUGAUUGCCAGGUUUUUUUGAUAAAGAGCACGGAUGAUUCAGAUAUAUCUGUCAUUGCCCAGAACAAGAAAUGCUUUGACAACGAUAUUGUUUGUUCUAAAAGUGUUUUGAUUUCAGUUGGGGACACUGAAAUUUACUUGAACGAUACUCCUUACAAACAGAAGCGAUCAGGUUUUUUUCUGGAAAGUAAACCUAGAUAUCAGCUCUGGAAGGCUGGGCACUACACAGUGGUGUAUUUCCCAGAGAAAGACAUCACUAUUCUUUGGGAUAAGAAGACAACUAUCCACAUCAAAGUUGGGCCACAGUGGAAGAACAAACUAUCAGGGUUGUGUGGAAACUUUGACAAAUGUACUUCAAAUGAUAUGACCACAUCUAAUAACUUGGAAGUGCGAAAUGCUCAGGUGUUUGGAGAUAGUUGGGCAUUAGGACAGUGCGAAGAUCCAAGUGAAACCAUAAAACCCUGUGAGGCACAUCAAAACAAAUUUCCUUAUGCCAAGAAAGAGUGCUCCAUUUUGUACAGUGAUGUUUUUGCUCCCUGUCGCAACGUGAUUGAUGUUACUUCUUUUGCCAAAAAUUGCCAUGAGGACACGUGCAACUGUAAUCUUGGUGGGGACUGUGAAUGUUUAUGCACUAAUGUAGCAGCCUAUGCUUACAAGUGCUGUCAGGAAGGGGUGUCUGUCUCCUGGAGAUCCUCCACGGUGUGCUCACUUGAUUGUGAAUACUACAAUGAAGGGCUUGGAGAAGGACCAUAUAUGCUGGCAAGUUAUGGACAGAGUGGCCUUAUUCUUGGUGCCAAUAUGACUAGUAGGAGCAUUUUCUCUUUGCCAAGAAGUAGUAUGCAUGGCAACUUAUUUUUUAAUUUUAUGAUCACUCCAGGCCUUUUUAAAGAGAAGGCAUCAUGUUACAGUGCAUUUGAAUUAUACAGCAAGAAGGGCUUUUUCAUCACAUUCACAGACUCCAGUGUCAAAGCAUCAAAAUAUGAUGAUUCUGAAGAAUUCAAACAGUCAAGUAGCUUCAGCAUAGAAGAAAUCCAGGCAGCAGUGCCUUACAGGAGGAUGUGUGAAUGGAGAUACGAACCUUGUGCCUCUCCCUGUUUUAAAACAUGCAGUGACCCUGAAGCACUAGCAUGUAAAUUUCUUCCACCGGUUGAAGGAUGCUUGCCUUACUGCCCUAAAAAUAUGAUCCUUGAUGAGGUCACGCUCAAAUGUGUUUAUCCAGGAGACUGCAUUCCUGUGAUUCCCACAGAGCCAACCUUAGUGCCACCAGGUGAGCUCUCUCUAUCCAUGUUUUCAGGUCCAGAAAUGAUUACCCCCUCAGACAUUACUGUAUUUGACACACUAAUGCCUACAACAGGUUUGGAAUGUGAGCCCCAGCAAUUUGAUCCUGUAUAUAACUGUAGCCAAUAUAUAUGCCUUAAUAUGGAAUGGACAUUAUACAACUGGUCUCUUAAUUGCCCAAAGGAAGUAGAAAUGCCAGACUGUGGUUUCCGGGGAAGACCUGUUCAAGUGAACACUGAUAUCUGCUGUCCCGAGUGGGAAUGUCCUUGUCGAUGUUCCAUGUUGUCAGAACUGAGCAUUAUUACAUUUGAUGGAAACAAUGCUGCACUAUAUAGUAUGGCUUCUUAUAUCUUAGUAAGAAUUCCUGGGGAGAUCAUAGUUGUUCAUAUUGAAAAGUGUUCCUUGAAUCAGAAUGGAAACUCAUUUAAAAAGCUAGCUUCCUCUGGAAGAAUCUCUGGACUUUGUUUUAAGAAGUUAAAUGUGACAACAUCAGUAAAUAAAAUUCUUGUCAAUAGGGUAGCAAGAAAGGUAGAAGUGGAUUCUAUUGUUGUGCCUUUGCCCUUUUCAAAUCAAGAACUGUUCAUAGAGGAUUCUGGUACUAUGUACAUGAUUACUACCCCAGCUGGAUUAAUCAUCAAGUGGGCUCAUCUUACAGGAAUCAUAGAUAUUCACUUCAGCUUCCGGUUUAACUUGUCAUCCUAUACAGAAGGACUUUGUGGAAUUUGCAAUGAAGAUCCAGAUGAUGAUCUGAAGAUGCAAAACGGCACAAUUAUUGUGAAUAUGGAAGACAUAGAGUUAUUUAUUGAGAGCUGGGAAAUUGAGAAAUCUUUUGCAGUAACAACAAGAAGACCUGUUAGGAAUUGUACUGAGCAUGAUUGCAGUCACUGCAUUGAGUUAUUAAAUAGAAGAGUUUUCAUUCCAUGCCAUGAUAAAGUUUCACCAAAGGAAUUUUGUGAAAAGAUGUGGAUCAAUUAUACCUAUUUCUGGAACUAUGAAUGUGAUGCUCUUUCUGCAUAUGUAGCUCUGUGCAACAAGUUUGACAUCUGCAUUCAUUGGAGAACACCUGAUUACUGCACUCUGAGUUGCCCAGAUGGGAAAGAAUAUCAACCCUGUGUGCGACCUUGUGAGGCAAGAACAUGCCUGAACAAAUGGUCCUAUGGACACUCUUCAUGUUCGAAUUUAAGAGAAGACUGUGUGUGCAGAAAUGGGACCAUUCUUCACAGGCCAGAUAAAACUCAGUGUAUUCCAGAGAGAGAAUGUGUUUGCACUGAUAGAGAAGAUCAACCCCGAACUGCUGGGGAGAUUUGGAAUGGGGGUAUUGAUGAGUGUGCCCUGUACAAAUGUUUGGAGAAUGGAAGCAUCAUUCCUGUAGAACCUGACUGUGAAGAAGAGCCCUCUCCCUUUUGUGAACGAGAAGCCGAAAUUGUCAUGGGCACCAUUGAUAAGCUGACCUGUUGUUCAAAGGAAGUUUGUGGAUGUGACAUGAAUUUGUGUGAAACUACCAUUCCAACAUGCACAACUAGUCAAAAAUUGGUUGUUGGUUAUAGCCCUCUUUCUUGUUGUCCACAGUACAAAUGUGAAUGUGACCCACUCAAGUGUCCUGUUAUUUCAACACCAGAAUGCAGAGAAGACCAAUUUAUGAUUCAUGUUCAGCAGGGAGAACCUUGCUGUUUUCUCCCUCUCUGUGUUUGUGAACCUUGCACUGAACCUAUUCCACUAUGUUCUGAUGGGGAAUUUUUAACGGUGAAUCUUAAUACCACACAUGUCUGUUGUCCUCAGUAUUACUGUGUCUGUGAAACAAAUCUUUGUCCUCCACCACUGCUCAACUGUGCAGAAGAUAUGAAUCUUGUCAAAGAAAAUGUAUCUGGGCAAUGUUGUCCAACAUGGCAUUGUGAGUGUAACUGUGAGAACCUUAUAAUACCAACUUGUGAAGUGGGAGAAUUUACUGCAAUAGAUCAUAACUUUCAGAGUGACUGUGGAUGUUUUCAGUAUCUCUGUGAAAAGGAUGACGUGUGUGUAUUUCAAGAAACAUCAGUGUUGAACCCUGGACAAUCUUUGAUAAAGUAUUUUAAAGGGGACUUUUGUUAUAAAAUUGAGUGUCUGGAAGAAAAAGAUAACCACACGGGGUUUCACACUUUGAAUUUUACGAUGGUGAACUGUUCAAAAGAAUGUGAUAUUCACCAGGUGUACAUUCCAUCCCCAAGUGAUUAUGAUUGUUGUGGAACCUGCAAAAAUGUAUCCUGCAAAUUUCAUAUGGAAAAUGGAACAUCAGUUAUAUAUGAGGAGGGAAAUACUUGGCAUUAUAACUGCAGCACAUAUGAGUGUGUUAAGACUGAAGAAGGAGCAAUGAUUCUGAACUACAGUAUGGUCUGUCCCCCUUUUAAUGAGACCGAAUGCAAAAUGAAUGAAGGACAUGUAAAGCUUUAUAAUGAAGGCUGUUGCAAGAUCUGCAAACGAGAAGAAAGAAUAUGCCAGAAAGUGACGAUUAAAUCAGUCAUAAGGAAACAGGACUGUGUAAGCCAAAGCUCUAUAAAUGUUGCAUCAUGUGAUGGAAAAUGCCCAUCUGCUACCAUAUAUAACAUCAACGUUGAAAGUCACCUAAGAUUCUGCAAAUGUUGUCGUGAAAAUGGAGUACGAAACUUGACUGUGCCUCUGUAUUGCUCAGGAAAUGGCACUGAAAUCAUGUACACUCUCCAGGAACCUAUAGACUGCACAUGCCAGUGGAAUUAAAAUCUUGGAUUCCAAGAACUCUGUACAUCAUAAUGUCAAAUUCAGUUAAAUUUUAUGACCAUUAUUUAGGCACUUGGCAGACUUACACUGUUUGACAAUAAUGUGUUUUUAAGACUACUGGGAUUUGAUGAUUUUAUAGUUGGUACAAAAUAUAUACAGCUCCAAGGGCAAAAAUCAGAUUUAUUAGAUUUAUUGCUUCAUUUUAGAGAAUCAAAUGAUCAUAAAUUGUUCAGUUGAAAUGCUAUUAUGUUUAACUGCAGCACAGCACAAAUCUGGAAUGGUCCCAUUAAAUAGAAGGCUAUUUUGCAGAAUUCCUUCAAUUUCACUCACGAGUUUUUUUUUGUUUUUGUUUUAAUUUGUCGUUUUCCAAACCUAUACAGAUUAAGAUAUCUUGUAAUUUCUACUGUUUUGUUUGAUAAAUGUGAGCAGUUAAAUUGGCAGCUAGAUAACCAUAGAGAAUUGUGUAUUUAGAGACAGAUUAUAAAGCUAUAGGAUUUUAGGUUACUAAAGUGAAUAUUAGGGAUUUUAUUGCAAAGUCCUCUCGUUUUGCAGGUGUAACUGAUACCUAGAGAAGACUUAAGACUGGUGCAAAUCCAUUCAGCAUAACAAUGUGCAGAAUUCAUGUUAACAGCUGGAUUAAGUUCUAGGCCUCUUAUUGUAUCAUAUGUUCUUUUAUUUUGAACAGCUUAGUAAGGUGUCUAAAUCCAGAAUCUUUAAUUCUUAAGGAGUUUUCAUUGGACAUAAUUAAAAAUUUUAAGUUCAAUAUGUUUAUAAAAAUGCCACAUAUACAUUAAUAGUUAUCUCAGUAGUAAGGAGCAGGGAAAUAGAGCAUCAUUUUCUUAAUAGAAGAAGUAUAUCUUUAGCUUUUAUUUUUUUGUACCAUUAAAACUGCUAUUAAAGUUGUUACUAGUUAACAUUUAGUUAGAUAAUUACUGUAUCACUGACAUCUGAUUUUUAAGAUGUAUUUGCAUACUAUUGAAACUGAAUGCUAUUUUGCCAUUAAUGCUGCUGCUUUGCCAACAAAGAGAGAAUUGAAACUAACUGAAUGUAUUAAUAAUUUUACAAUGGGAUGGUACACUUUUUAAUACAGUAGAUAAUUGACAUUUGCAAGGCAUAUAUCCUGAAGUCUUUGCCAGUUCACAAAUUCUUUGCCACCUAGAGCACACAGUUAUCUCAGUUUCUUCCUCAGUAAAGAAAGGAGUACUUACUUAGUGUGAGGGGCAAAGGAUGUCCAGCAUCAAUAAGAGAACACUAAAAUGACAGUGAGAAGCAAAUGCUUGAGUCUAAUAAGCUAGGCUCAGGCUUGAGGGAGAUGAUUUGCUUUCACAUACUAAUGUUUCCACUUCACAAUCAUGCUUCCCAGAAACACUGCAAUUUAUCUUGGAUCUCCAUGGUUACUUAGAAAUUGAUAAAAGGAUUAAUAUUGCAUCUGCAAAGUCCCUGCAUCUACUGUGUAUAAAAAUGAUUUAUCUUGUUUAAUAUAAAUGUUUUCU